AGUGGACAGUCUGGUGGACAGUGUGGAAUCGUGGUCAGCAGAACUGCUCCCUCCUCCUUGCUGUUGUGGUCCAGUCCAAACCCCCGGCCCCAACAUUCCCUGGUUCCCAGCUCUGUGACAUCACAGACAGCCUUCUGUCCACUCUGCUGGCUGCAGGAAACAGCCCAGCCCAGUGAAUUGGGCUCAAACUCAAGAUUGGCUGAUUCACCAAGGCACCCCUGCAAACAAAGCUGGCAGAGUAGAUGUUUCCACUCCUUUCCAUGGCAGCCCACCAAAGCCUGAUCUCGAAGAUCUUCUGUUUAUGCUGCAGGGACUGUCAAGAGGCCUAUGUCAUCCAAGACUCCAAGGUUCCCAGUCAACCCCAAGAGCACAAGCCAUCCACCCAAAAUUUGCAGCUUCAGAGGGAUGAGCUUAACAGACAAAAUCCCAAACACAUUAACGCAGCCUCCCAUUUGCCUUCAAGACAACCCCUGAUCCAGCCGAAAAAGAGAGUUUCCUCCAGCAGCAGUGAGUUUGAGGAUCUGAAUGCAUAUGCUUCCCAAAGAAAUUUUUACAAGAGAAACUUGAACCGCUACAGCCAGUAUCACUGGCCGUUCCAGCCGUGUCUCAUUGGGAGGCCCUGAGCAUUCUAGCUGGCAGCACCCAUGGGGGUUCCUGAUGCUACACAGCUGCUGGGGUGUCUCCAUGAGUAAGAGGGCGGUGGACAGGAGUCAUGAAGACUGAUUCAGAAACUCCCCUGAAGGAGGAGAAGACGUCUGAGCCAUCCUUGUGCCACCAGCAAGUCACUCCAGCUCCUGAAAAAGCCACCAUGGGAAGAGCUGCCUCCAAUUAAAGUUCUUGGUCACAUCAGAGGACAUCUCUCCUCUUUUCCUUUCCCCCUUACCAAAUAAUGUCUUAUCAUUUUUAAAUAUAUUGUCACAUCUAACUAAGCUUUAAAACUUUAGCCCUUUGGGAGGCCAAGGCAGGCAGAUCACCUGAGGUCAGGA